UCGCAGAAGUACUCGAGCCGCGGUGGGCGCGGUGAGGUGGUGUCCUCGCUGGGGGCCGGGCAGGACCUGUCCUGGAGCGGCCGCGGUGGCCACGGAUGUGCUCCGAAGCUCUACGGCUGUCCCGAGGAGCAGCUCACCAAACCCUACAAGUUCAUGUUCCAGAAGCUGCUGGACAUCCGAGAAGCGCUCUCCUGGCGGAUAGAGGAACUCGGAGAUGCACUGAAGUGUCACCACCACCUGGAGAACUUCACCUCGGCUAUUCUCCCAUCACAGGAAGCAGUGACGGUGCUGGGAAUGAUCGGCUGCGAUGGGAAUGGGAAGCUCAACGCCAAGUCGGUGGUGCUGGUGGGAGACCGGGAACAUUCCGGAGGGGCACAGAUUCCCCUCGACCUCUCAGAGCUGCAGGAGUAUUCCCUUUUCCCUGGUCAGGUUGUGGCACUGGAAGGAACCAACAGCACUGGGAAGAGGCUGGUGGUGUCCAAGUUCUAUGAGGGAGUUCCACUGCCCUUCCACAUUCCCACCGAGACAGAGUCAG